UUCCUGUGGGUCUGCAAGCAAAGGGAGAAGAUGGCGGCGCUGGGGGAGCCUGUGCGACUGGAGAGGGAUAUUUGUAGAGCAAUUGAAUUGUUGGAAAAACUGCAAAGGAGUGGAGAGGUACCACCGCAGAAACUGCAAGCUUUACAAAGAGUCCUUCAAAGUGAAUUCUGCAAUGCUGUAAGAGAGGUAUAUGAACAUGUCUACGAGACUGUGGACAUCAGUAGCAGUCCUGAAGUGAGAGCUAAUGCGACUGCAAAGGCUACUGUUGCUGCAUUUGCUGCCAGCGAAGGACAUUCUCAUCCUCGAGUUGUUGAGCUACCAAAAACAGAAGAAGGCCUUGGAUUCAAUAUUAUGGGAGGCAAAGAGCAAAACUCUCCAAUCUAUAUAUCUCGAAUAAUUCCAGGUGGAAUUGCUGAUAGACAUGGGGGCCUCAAGCGAGGAGAUCAACUCCUUUCUGUUAAUGGAGUGAGCGUUGAAGGAGAACAUCAUGAAAAAGCUGUAGAACUGCUGAAAGCAGCUCAAGGAAAGGUUAAAUUAGUAGUACGGUACACACCCAAGGUCUUGGAAGAAAUGGAGUCACGCUUUGAAAAAAUGAGAUCAGCAAAACGCAGGCAACAGACCUAAAACUUUACAUUCCAUUUUGCUUUUAGGUAGAGAAGUUUUACUUGUGACCUACUGAUGGCCGCAAUGCCAAUGAUUGUAAAAAAAAAAAAAAAAAACUUCCCGUGAAAUCCUCCUUGCCAUUUUAUAAAUGCCUAUUUUAACAUCAUUUACGGUUCCAGAGAUGCAUACACUUUUUUCUGACAAGAAAAAGUAAAAAGGUGAUGAGGGCAAUUCUGUCCUGCUGUUUUUACAGGCCUUUUUCAACAAAUGCAGAUUUUGUCAUAAAGUUGUUAUAGAUUUUUAAAAAUGCUUUUUUAAUAUUAAAAUGUACUUUUACAUUCUUAACCUUUUUUUAGGGAAAAAAAGUUUUCUUUAUUUGGCUGCUUAUUUAAAAAUAACAGUUCUCCAUUCUUUUCUUUGCUUUUUUUUUCCACCUGUAACAUUUCUUUAUGGUUUUCCAAGAAAUUAAACAUAACAGUCUCAGCUACAGCAGUUUAUUACACUGUCAAUGUUAACAUCACUGCUGCAUUUUGUAUUUGGAACACACACAUAAUAUAUAUUAUCAAUGGUAAAUUAUAACUCAGCACAGUGGAAGUUUUUUACUUUUAUUUAAACAUAAUAUAUAAUGAAUAUUCAUUUAUACUGAUUUAUAAAAGUUUUUAAACACUGAUACAAUCAUUGCUAAAAUAUGUAUUCUUUCAUAAUAUUUGAGCAGUGAGGCAAGAGAAUGUAAUUUGAUUGUUAGCAUUACUGAUUACACCUUUCUAUUUAUAGUCAACAGUAUAUCAUAAAUUACAAAUGCAAAAAGAGGUUUAGGUUUCAUCUUUUGCAAAUUUUUUAAUGCUAUUCAUUUUUAUUUAAAUAUAUUUCUUAUAUUUUCAUCCUUCCAUUUGGAGAGAUGAGCCAGUUAGUUUGUGGUGGGAAAUAGCAAAGAAGAAAAAGUAAUACCUUUAACCUCACUAGGCUCAAGAGUUACACACUCCUAAGUAGCUCAAUUUAAAGACUUGAUAUUAAAUAGGAAAAAGAUAGAAGGAUAUAUUUAAGAUAUAUAGAAAUCAUGAGGUGAUACAUUCAUAAGAAUCUGCAGACGCUUUGUCAAAAUGAGUAAGAACUCAUUCACUAUUUAGUUGGAUUUAGAGAUGUGAUCUUUAUGAUUCAGCUAUAAUGAUGGGAAUUCUGAGAUACUUUGAUUUGUCCACUGGAUGUCACUGUUUUACUGAAAGGCAGCUAUUAGUGGAUGACUGUGACUGAGGUCUUUUUAAAGGCAGAAAUUAAAGAGAUAAGGUUCAUUUUCAGACACAACUUACAGGAACAUUUGUCAGGCUUUUAAAAAUUUUAAGUGACAGGUGCUAGAAAGAAAAUAAUGGAUUGAAAUACAUAGGGAAUUUAGAAUAAUUAUCAACCCUGUGUAAAGAGUGGGCAUUUUGUGACAUUCCUUCAGGAAGAAUAGAAAUGUGUAUGUUUUUCUGCAUGUUUGUGAGCACUGUGAGUCUUAAAAGAUUAUUCCAGUUUCUGAUGAUUUUGAGAAUAAAAGUCAGCAUUGUUAUUUAUCUUUUAGGUAUUGAACACUGGAUUGCAUGGUUGAAUGUGUCUUUAGUCCACUACAAAAUGUGCUUGUUAUUGAUAGGAUCAUGUUAUUAAAUUGUAUAUUUCCAAAAUUAAUUGAUGUUUUAAAAAUGUUGAGACCAAAGUAGUGUAGAAGAGUUACGGACUUAAUUUAAUUGUAAAAUUAUUAGAGGUAUUUGCUGUAGAGCUUUAUAUGUUAAAGAGAGGUAUCGGUGCAUAUAAAAACAGUAAUAUUAUUGUUAUGCUUGUAUUCUUGCAUUACAGGGUAACUAAACCCUGAAGAAAUCUUAGUAUUACUACAGCUGCAGUAGCUUUUAAGGGUGUGUCAACAUUUCAUUAUAAAUUAUAGCUUCCUGGUUCAGUAUCUCAGCUGUUCCAGAACUUUCAGCCAAGUUAAACCUUUUUUGGUGUUGAAACUUAGUAAGUUGAGUAAGCUAUUUUUUGUUUCUUCUGCAGUAAUCCACAAUCUGUUCUUUGUGUGGGUUGGCACUUAUUUGUAAUUCUUAAAAUAUGGAUAGCUUAAAAGAGCCAAAUACAGUAGUUUUGCUUGCUCCCAUUGAGCAUGAGUAGCAGUAGUUUAUUUUCUUUAAUGCAGUUUUCAUAGUGUAUCCCAGAAUUUUAAAUCCUGACCAUAGAAAAAUGCAGUCAUUCAGUGGCAAAGAUGUACGGUAGUGGUCUAGUAUAGUGAGGAAAUGAAGGGAAUUUUCAUCUUAUAAAUGUAUGAUUCAUGAACAUAGCUAGGUACAUAGUAUAUAGUAGGUGUUUGAUUUGUAAAUUAUAAAUAUAAAUUAUCUUCCCUUCCCAAUUUCCAUUUAUUUUCUUGGUAUUUCAAAAUGAGUUGACUCAGUGAUUCUCAGCCUUAGCUGCAUAUUAGAACAUCCUGCAGGCCUUUAAAAAAUAAUGACACUUGAGUCCCAUCUGAUACCAACUCCAUCAGAAUCUCUGAGGUGGGGCCAGAUGCUUAGUUUUUCAGAGCUUUCCAGCUGGUUCUAAAGGACACCGAGGGUUGAGAACCACUUGUUUUCCCCUUUAUAAAAUGCUCUAAGUACACUUGGAAGUAUCAGAAUAAUUCAGUUUACAGCUACUACUAAAUAGCUGCAAAUGUAAUGAUUGGUUAUAUUUCUUAGUAAUUUCUUUAGGAAAUAAAGGUACUUGGCAUUCCUUAUUUGGGUGGUAACUACAGCCUCCCUUUUUCUUUCUUUUUUAAAAUCUAUCAGUAGUUUAAAUGUAAACUUUUAAUGUCUGUCAUCUUUCUGCCCCCUUUGCCUUUAAAACUUUCAAAACUAAAUGUUUAUUAUUUGAGAAGCAUGUUUAAAAUUUGCAGAUGAGAAAUAUUUUCAUUGAUAAUUAUGUGCUGUCUUCAUAUGGCCGCUUUAUCCAUUAGUAUAACACUAGGUUAUAGUGGCCUAGUUCUUUGGGGUUUGAUAAUUCAGAUGUGUUUUUUAAAAAAAACAAAACAAAACAUUGUCUUCCUCUUCUAAAUUUUUGAAAGUUACUUUGCUCAAGUACUUAAAUAGUUUGGCUCAAUACUUUGUUUACAAUACAAAUGGAUAUUAUAGCAUUUAAUAGAAGAAAUGGCUAUGGAUUAUCUGAAAAGAAUGUCAGCAUGACUUGGUGUAGACUUAAAAGAAUAUGUGUUGUGAGUAUUUUAUUAUGUGGAACGAUCAUUGAAAUAUUAAGGACUCUAGUAAUUGUAUUUCCUGAAUAAAUAUAUGUUUAUGAAUUUUCUAACUUA